CUGGGCCCUGGAGACUAUACAACAACUUUACAUAAGAUACUGAACUUUGGUGAUUUCAAUUCAAAUGGAUUGUUGACCUAUGGUGAAGCACGAUCUCUAUGGAGUCUCUUACAGCACCGGGAAUUUCUCCUAUUGCUGCUUUUCCAAGACAACGACACAUUCCCUCGUAUCAAUGGCACCUGUGGAAGUAUCUAUGCCAUGGAACAUGUCGCAAACAACAAACUAUUCAAUAUGAAAUCCAACAGCUGGCUCAGUAUUUUUCUUUCAGAUGCUUAUCAUUGGCAAUUUCCAAUUUGGAAGAGACGAGCCAAAAUGUCUAUUGGGAUGAUCGAAUUCAUGAUGGACAUUUUUGAGAAGAAUGGCGUCAAUUAUUACAUGUGCAAUAUAUUACCAACAUCUUUUGGCUACACCGCAAGAUAUGACAUCAAAAUUAUUGAUGUCUUGUCAGUGGUUUCCAAAUACCAUUUGAAAACAGAAAUGUCUAAUCGAUCUUGUUAUACAGACGAUGACUGUACCUUCUCUCACAACUGUAAAACUCAAUGCAACCAAGAACUUAGAAAAUGCUCUUCGGACCUUGUUGUACCCAACUUAAAAAUCCUAUGUGAUCUCCUUAUGGACUACUUAAUGUAUGGUGCACCGAAUCAUGUUACUGUAGAUUUAGAACGGUUAUUACACCAGUGCCAAUCCCUUGAUAAUCGACAAUUCAGUGCUGAGAUGGACCAUGCUGUCUUGUUGAAUGACCUCCAGUUAUUUAUUUGGUCCCAAAUAAAAUAUGGAUGAUUCAUUUUUUUUUUUUUUCCCAGGGGAUUGGGUAGCUUGCAUUCUGUUGUGAUAUAAAGACAAUGGUUAUGGAUUGCAUAACUAUACACCCUAUUUUAAAAAUAUUGAAGAGGUGGGCAAUGAAAAAGACAAAAACCAACAUCCCUCAGGGAGCAAGAAUUAUUUUGGUCCAAUGUAUUGCACCUUAAUAUACACACUACAUGUACAUGUGCAAAACAUGCAUAUAUCUGCUACAUGUAUACAUUCACUACAUGAACCAUUUGUAGUUAUUAUUUAUAUAAGAUUGUGAGUUCAAGAAUUAAACUUGGUUUUAGCAAUCUUAAUGAAAUGGUGUAACAUUUGGUUAUUGUUAUAAUAACCCACUUCCUGUUGUCUCACACACACACCUCUGUACACUCACACAUACAUUGGUAUGUAUAGACAUACAUACACAUAUAAACAUAUACACAUGCAUGUACACACACACACACACACACACACACACACAUGUGUAUAGUAUUUAUAAUUGGGUUUCAAAAGUGAAGAGGUGGUUAUAGAGUGAUGUCUGGGUUCUACACUGUAUUAUUGUUUCGGGUUUCUUUGUGGGUUUUGCGGUUUAUUUAUGCAGGAUACAUUACAUGCCUUUUGAUUUUAGUUUAUUGAAAGAAAUCUGGUCCCAUUUUUAAUGAGGUUGUUUCCAUUGAAGAAGAUGUGUAACUUAUGAAAAGGGAAAGAUGCAAAAAAACAAUAUCUGCUAUAAAGAAUGUGUAAAUUUGCAGACCUGCCCAACCUGUUCCAAUUUGGGGUUUCAUAAAGAAGGAAAAUCAAAUUAAAAGAUG